CUAAACUAAUUCACUAACUACAAGGGAGUUCCUAUUCUCACUCGGUAUUCAGAUGGAGCCAUUCGACUGAGCAAAGCGUGACCAAUCUUUGCAGAAGCUAUGGCUGAUCGCGGCCCUCCUCCACGCAAGAAGCAACGCCGCCCAUUGCCCGCCAGGCGACCCCCGCCAGAGCCCGAGCCAGCUCUUGCUCCUGAAUUCGAGAUAGGCACUCGAGAGGUAGUUGCUGUUGAACACCCUGCCAUCAUACAGAACCUGGAUAAUGGUAUCAAGACAUUCGGGGACAAUCAACCAUUUGAACGUAUCAUCAACUGCAUUGAUCCUGAGGAAUGUAUCCCACUCUAUCUCAGGUUCAGAGACCCGACGUGUCCUCCAAUUCUAUCCCAAAGCACUUCGACCCAGAAUAUUGUCCUGAAGAUCACGGUACCGAAGCGGACGGGCAGGAGACGCAAGAAAGGCUCUCAGGAUCCAUUCACAAGUGAUGGAAGACCACUACCGCCGAUACCUUCUAGUAGUGUUUCCGUCCCACCUCCACCGAAACCGCCCUCUCCGAUCCCUCCCGGGCUGCCAAUCGCAGGGGAUGGUGUUGCUGGCCAAAGCUUUCCUGAUGGACCAGGGCUGCCAACUGUUAUGGAUGACGUUGAUGGCUGCAGCGCUCUUGAUGCGCAUCUACACCGUAGACCAAUGCCACCAUCCGGAGAAGAAGAUGCGACUUGGGAAGAUGAUGAACCUCGUGCACCCGAACUCUGUUCUCACUCCAGGAUGGAUACCAGUCUUUGGAGGAGGCUCCAGGACAAUAUUGGCAAGUACACCUGUGAAGCUGUGGCAGAAAUCAAACAGACACAUCGUUUCCGAGGCUUGGCGGACUUCCAUCAAUCAACAACUCAUAUGCCGUUCUUUUCCAAAUUCCGCGAUACGGCUCUCACCGGGAAUAUCGAGAAGAUGCGAGAGUUCAAGUUCGAUACUAGCAGAGGCCCGAAACCAAAUGAAGAGAUCAUAAUGCCAACUAACAUCACGCCUUAUUCUUUGCCAUUCAACUGGAGCUGGCAACAAAAUCCUCACAUCUCCCAAGAAACCGACCCAGUCACAGGCAAGCCAAUUUUGGUGAACACUUCACGACUUGAGAGGCUCCAGGUGGUGUACUUGCCCCAUUACAUAGAAAACAUCCCAGAAGGACCUUCUCAAGAACCCCCCGAUGACCAAGAUGUCCUCCAGAUUAUUGAGAACAUCAAGGAAUUGUACAAUGCACGCCCCAUCUGGACUCGGAGAGCCAUCAUCAACAAAGUCAACUACGCUAUCACCGAGGCUACGCUGCACCUAAUCAGAUUGGCUCUCCCAUACAUUGGCUAUCGAUUUAGAGACGGCCCCUUCAAAGACGCCAUCAUCCAGUUUGGCCUCGAUCCUCGAAAGGAUCCUAAGUAUCGCAUGUAUCAAACCAUCUACUUCCAGCUCGCGGAACGGGAGGUAAGGGACCCCAAUGCGCCAUGGACCGGGAUCCUCAAAUCGACCAAGACCCCAAAGCAAACAAAGCGAUCGAAUGACAAGUUGAGUCACUUCUUCGAUGGCAGAGAUGUCGCCGUUGAUGGGAAGAUCUGGCAAAUGUGCGACGUCACCGAUCCACUGCUCGCAAAACUCAUCAAAGAGGCUCCUAUCAGCGAAAUUUUCGAUGCCAAAAACGACGGUUGGUUUUGUAACGGGACCUUCGCGAAGAUCAGAGCCAUCAUGAAAGUCAAGAUGAUAGCUCUGCAUACGGGAAGGGUAGUGAAAGAUGAAGACUUCAAGAAAGCGCUCGAGAUGCCAGACAUCAUCCCAGAUCGAGAAGGCGGACGGGUCUGGAUACCCGUCCCGGAUAUGCGGUUGAGCAAGGAAGAAAUGGAGAAGUUACGAGCGUCUGGGAAGGACUUUACCAUCAUGAGUGGGAUGCUGAAGCAGAAGAGAGCUUAUAAUGGACCCUUGAGACAUCGGCGACGCCUCGAAGACGAAGCGGGUCCUAGUAAUCGCAGACAGAAGCCGAUAUCUACUGGGGAAACAGAUGAGACUCGGGGACCCAGCACAGCAGAGACUAUGGACCCUAGACUCCUCGCCGACCAAUUCUCCGAGGCGAGGAUAGCGGAUGAUACGGAUGUCGGUAUGGGGGAUUAUGGAGGAUAUGACGAUGGUGAAGACGAGAUGGAGGAUUCGGAGGCAGAUCGCUCUUCAGACUUAGGUGAUGAUGAUAGCGAGAUGGAGGCAUUUGGUCGGUCACCUGAAGACGAAGAUGAUACCCGUGAGGAAGGAGGAGGUACCAGCGAAGCAGACUCCGUCGAUAUGGUGGAGUACCACGACUCUCCCUCUCAGCUUUCAUAGAGCAUCGAGGGGCAGGAGUGAGAAUUGAUCGGCUGUUGAAUAGCAGCCUAGAGCAACUUCGAGCUUGGCAAUGCAUACGCGUCUGAAUCGCACUUGCAUCUGGCAUUUAGAAAUGGCACGAUGAUCAAUUCCAACCAUCGUGCCCAAAACGAAAAACUUGAUGUCUCUGGCACGAGAUCAGGGCAAAAUUAAAGACUGGCCCCGAAGCUUGCGUAGGGCCGCCAGGCUUUAAUUUUAGCGAAGCGGCCCUGAUCUCGAUUCGAGAUUAAUUAGAUGCCUCAGGCACUUAUUUAAGGGAUAUCAGCUUUAC